CCGAUCGGUCCUGGGAAGGAUGGUUCAUCGUUUUUGUGUGUUCUUCUGGAGUAGCCUGGGUGUGUACUACCUCCUACCUAAAACGGCAAUUUGCAUCUUUUCUCGCAAAAGCAUUGUGGACAAAGAAAUGCCAUUUCCAGACGGAGUAUUUAUUUCCUCUAUUGAUGUUUGUACGAUUCCAUCUUGUCCUAGCCCGAAUACAGCCCAAUUUUUGAAUUGGCGGAGCUCCUACAUUGGCUACUCCUAAAAUGGAGCCUUUGAUCAACAAGGAAACGUGUCUGUGAAGAACAUUUUCAGCAGCGCCCGAGUCUCUCUCAUGACCAAACCACGCCCCUAUGUUUCUCCCUCUACGGGAACUCACCUGGCCCCUAGACCCUCCACUAUGAAACGAACAAAUCCGAUGACAAAGGCGGAAUGGAAGAAAUCUGCAGCUUAUUCAUACGUUAUGGGUAAGGCAAAGGCCAUUCAAGCCAGUCUGGACACAAGAUAUCCAAGCUUCAUUAAAAUUCUACUCAGUUCCCAUGCUAAAUUUGAUGUCCUGAGUUUUCCAGUGGAUUUUCGUAGAUACUAUUUACGUAAUGAUGAUGUAAUAACACUGGUCGGCGAAGAUGGUAUGAGGUUUCCAGUCGUUUACCAGGCAAAUCUAGGACUUCGUGGUGGAUGGAAAGACUUCUUUGCUGCAUAUAACUUGCAAGUGGGUGAUGCACUUGUUUGCCACUUAGUAAAAAAAGAUGAACUCCAGGUUUACAGUGUGAGUGUGAACAAUUUGGAUCAUGGUGCACAAGAACAAUCAGGAAUAGAAGAGAGGGAUGGGGAAGUCGCAUGCCAAGAGAGUACAUCACAUGUUCAUGAAAACCUUGUCGAGGAUCAUGAGUUAGGUGAUGAAGAGUUCAUUUUCGACAAUGGUAAGGACAGCUGUUCUUACAUUGAUAAAGAGGGUGAACUUGCAGAAAACAUCGCAGGAGAAUGCAGUUCACCGGAACCAUUUGUGGACUUGAAGAAUUUCAAAAUUGUGGUAAACGGUUGCCUUGUUGACCCAUUGAUCUCUGUCUCAGCCCGUGUAAAGUAUUAUGAGCUAUGCUUGGCUAGGAACUCAUAUCUACACAGUGAACUGAGAAGCAACCACCAGCUAGCCACUGGAAUCAUACUGGAAACUGUCCGCAUUGUUGAUGCCAUCAAAGCAUGUUGCCUUUCCACCUCCCAGAGCAACAUCAAAGAAUGGGAAACAAAUUUGGAAGGAUUUAAGCUCUUGGGAAUGGAUGUUGGUUUUUUGCUUGACCGAGCCAAGAAGCUCUUACGGCUUGCUGCUGAGUAUCAAGAGAGUGGAGAAGCAAAGAGGUAUUAUGAAGCUACAAAGAAAGAAAAACAUUUGGAUGAGGAAAUAGCAUCUGUGGAAACAAAGCUGAUGGAGCUAAAGCAGGCUAGGGCCACCCUUCAUUCUGAAAGAGAAGUUCUUGAGGCCCAUUUCAAGAAGCUGAGGUUGACGUUCCAAGAGACAGCGAAGAUGGCUUGGUGAUCUUCACCGGAUCUUGGUGGCUAUGUGUCGUCUGUUUCAUGUGCUAUUGUGCUAAGGAAGGAACUGGGAAAAAACUUCUAGUGUUGAGGGUUUGGCUUGUGCUCAUUGUGGGGUCAGUUUGAUGGGAGCAAUGAAUUGAAGUGUCUGUUGAGGAAUGAGAUGUCUUUAUUCUCGUCAACUUCAAUGUCAUUAUUAUUCUCGUUACCAUCACUAUAAUCGUCCUCAUCAUCGUAAUGUGUUUGAUUAUAUUAACCAUGUUCGACACUAUGAUCAAAAUCGUAAAUUGGUCCUAUGUUUUCUAAAACCAUUUGCUCAAAAUUAGACUCAGGUAGAUUUGUUGACUUAUUUUCUAGUCCCUCCAUUUGUAUGUUAGACGUCUCUCCACGAAAAAAAUUAGUUUUGCUUCCUAACCUUUCACCAUGACAAUACCAAGUCUCAUAAUCCUCCAUGAAACCAUUCUUUCGCAAAUGCUUGUCAAUUUUUGUUGAAGCCCAAACAAAUCUUAACCGACACUUCUUACAUGGACACUUUACCAUAUCUUGGUUAUCUGCAAAUGCCACUUUAAUAAACUCCUCCACACCGUAUAAAAAUUCUGGAUUAAU